GUUCAAUCGCUCUUCGAGUAACUUUGUAGCUCUUGAAAGUCUGGAAAUGAAACUGUUCCUCGUUUUAUCCCUCGCGAUUUGCUGCCUCCUUCAGCAAAUCACCGGAUAUGUGGCCUUUCUUCCGAAUGCGACUCAUCCAGAUCACCCGGGCAAGUGCUACGAUCCGGAUUCGAAAACCGUCGUCGAGAAAGGUUCGGCCGUGUACCAAAACUGCGAAAAGUGGUCCUGCAGCGAUGAUUACUUCCUGCAGAUUACUGGGUGCGGACUUGCCGUCGCCGACGGCGACUGCCGGCUGGAGACGGAUUCUUCAAAGCAAUAUCCGGAGUGUUGUCCGAAAAUCGUUUGCUGAAUUGUUGAUUUAAAAAAAAAACACGAACAUUGAUGCAAUAAAGAUUUAAUUUGUCAUUUUCCUA